UCCUCCAGGAAGCAGUGCUGCUUUACACUUCUACACUUUCUACUGAGGCAGGCGUACAAACGAGAAAAAAGCAGAACUGCAACGAAAUUAAACUGAAAAUAACAAUGUCCUCAAUGGUUUUUACGUCUGCUUACAGACUAAAGUCCCUUUGCAGAUUGCAACGAAUCCAAGGUCACAUGAUGUCAAGUCGUGCUGAACCAGACGUUCUUCUGGAGAAGGUGGGCCGGGCCGGUGUGAUCACCAUGAACAGACCCAAAGUCCUCAACGCCCUCAACAUGAACAUGAUCCGUCAAAUCUACCCUCAACUCAAGAAAUGGGAAACAGACAAUGAGACUGACCUUGUGAUUAUUAAAGGAACAGGUGGAAAGGCUUUUUGUGCUGGUGGGGACAUCAGAGCGGUAACAGAAGCAGGGAAGGCUGGCGACUCUCUUGCGCAGGACUUUUUUCAUGACGAAUAUAUUCUGAACAACGCUAUAGGAAAAUGCAGGAAGCCUUAUAUUGCCAUCAUUGACGGGAUAACUAUGGGAGGGGGUGUAGGUCUAUCAGUUCACGGGCGUUUUCGAGUGGCCACUGAGAAGACGCUGUUUGCCAUGCCUGAGACUGCCAUCGGGCUCUUCCCGGAUGUGGGAGGUGGCCAUUUUCUGCCAAGACUCCGGGGGAAGUUGGGAAUGUUUCUCGCCUUGACGGGCUUCCGACUCAAAGGACGUGAUGUGCAGAGAGCUGGAGUUGCCACUCACUUUGUAGAAUCUAAGAAGAUCCCAGACUUGGAGAAAGAGCUAGUGGACUUGAAGUCUCCCUCUGAUGCAGAUGUCUCCAGAGUUCUGGUCUCCUACCAAAACCAGAGUAGUCUGGAGUCAGACAAGCCUUUUGUCUUGGACAAACACAUUUCUGAUAUUGACAGGCUCUUCAGCUCCAGCAGCGUGGAGGGAAUCAUGCAGAAUCUGAAGGCAGAUGGUUCAGAGUUUGCUAAGAAACAAGCUGAAAUCUUGUCUAAAAUGUCUCCCACGUCCCUGAAGAUCACCUACAAGCAGCUGCAGGCAGGUGCGUCCCUGAGCCUGCAGGACGUGUUGGUGAUGGAGUACCGACUCAGCCAGGCCUGCAUGAGAGGCUGUGAUUUCUACGAGGGCGUACGAGCUGUGCUGGUUGACAAAGACCAGAACCCCAAGUGGAACCCAUCAAAACUGGAGGAGGUGUCUGACAAGAGUAUAGACGAGUGUUUUUCCCCUCUGGGAGAGAAGGACCUGACUUUGUGAUGUUUGUCAGCCAGCAGCUGUUUCCCACCUCCAAGUAGAUUCCACGAGCCUUCUGUAAACAGCCGCUUCCUGUCCUCUCAUGGGCAGCCAUUUCUGAGGACUGUAUUGCUGUGGUGAGGAGCAAGCCCGUUCGUUUUUGACUAACACAUAAACCCAAAUGGUUUUUGGUCAGUGCUGUUACCAUGGAAUAUGGUAGAAUAUCAUAGGAUGCUCUAGAGAAAAAAAACAUGAUGGACUCUUCCUCUACAUUGGUGGAAAAUAUGGGUCUAAUUGAUGAUUUCACAGCUACAAAUCAAAAAUGAUACUACAAUUGUUUUCUACAUGCGUUGUACUGUAAUCACUGAUGUAAAUUCAAGGAGCCAUCAGCAGCAGUCCCGCAUUAACAGGAAGACUUGGGAGGGGAGAUGAUCUCACCAUUGAGUGCUUUUUCACAUUUUCUGUGGGUGUUAUUGAUGUGACACAGAUCAGUAUCAUUCAUGGUUUUACAAUGUGGUUACUGCCUUCAACACAAAUAGUGUUUGGCCUUCCUUAGUGUGAUCUUUUUUUCCCUUUUCCAUGUGGUUUGUGGAGUUUUGUUUUAGUUUUUUUCUCUUUAGAUAAGGUGUUCUGUUUAUUCGAGCAGCACUGAGAAUAAAAUCACAGUUUAGUUUUUUGUUCA